AUGGCCACGCGCGGCUCUGGGCAAAGCCUCACGCCACAGUCAGCUCGUGGGCGGUCGCCCACGGCACGCGCAACUGGCAGCCCAUCUGUAACAAGGAAGUACAAUCCAAAGACAGACUUCCCCAUGGCAUUGGGCGACGAAGAAGACCUCUUGCGAUUGCCUCCGCAGGCAGCCCUCUUCUUCUUCUGUGAGCUUGCAUCCCUGCACUCAGCAGUGCAGGAGGAUGAGCUGUCUGCGCAGCUUCUCUGGCGAGCUCUGGAGCACAGCCGGAGGCUCCCUCCACAGGAUGCAAAUGUGGCCAUGGUGUGGAAUGGUCUGGGACGGGUAGCCUUCCACGUGGGGCGGUUUGAAGAUGCCACCCGUCUUCACAUGCGUGCGCGAAGUAUUCGGGAGAAGGCUCUCGGUGGGGAUACCAUCGAUACUGCCACGUCCUACAACAACCUCGCCUGUUGCCUCGCCGCCUUGGACCGGCAGACGGAGGCAGCAGCAUUCACUGAGCUUGCGGUGGAGAUCUUAAAAGAGCUGGCCGGAGAGGACCAUCCACGGACGUUGACCGCGAGCCGCAACCUCACCAAGGUGCGAACUGCUCCCAAGAAGAUGUCCCUGGAGGCACCUCACCUCUUCAGCCUGCCUUUGCAUGACUUCACAGCAGCUUUGCGAGGGCGACGCAAGAAGAAAAAGAAGAAGUCGCGCAGCGGGUCCAGCAAGAGCAGCAAGAGCAGUAAAGGGAAGCGCUAA